AUGUUGUCUAGAAACAUAAAGACAUCGUUGAAGCAUUUGCCAGCAAUUGCUAAGAAACCAAGUACAUUUACUGCCUUGAAAGCAAGUACCGUUGUUUCCACCAGAUCUAUACACUUGGGAAGCUCUCAGGUAGUGAGGAGAAGCAACAUUAGUCCUAUUAACAAUGUAAUGUGCUUCAAGCGUUAUGCUUCGCAGACAGUGAAAGUACCAGAGAUGGCAGAGUCUAUCACUGAAGGUACUUUAGCUUCUUAUACUAAGAAGGUGGGAGACUUUGUUAAUCAAGAUGAAACCAUUGCCACUAUCGAAACUGAUAAGAUUGACGUGGAAGUAAAUGCGCCAUGCUCGGGAACAAUUACUGAACUUUUAGUAGAACCUGAAGAAACUGUUGAAGUGGGACAGGACUUGGUGAAGAUUGAAGAGGGAGAAGCUCCAGCUGGAGGAGCCAAGGAGGAACCAAAGGAAGAAGCCAAGGAGGAGCCAAAGGAAGAAACUUCCGAGCCAGCUAAAAAAGAGCCUUCAGAGCCCAAAAAGGAAGCACCACCACCUCCUAAGAAGGAAACACCACCUCCACCUAAGAAAGAAUCUGCCCCUAAGAAGGAACAGUCAAAAUCUGAACCUGCUACUUUCACUAGCUUCUCAAGGAAUGAAGAGAGAGUUAAGAUGAACAGAAUGAGAUUGAGAAUCGCUCAACGUCUUAAGGAAUCACAGAAUACUGCUGCUUCGUUAACUACUUUCAACGAGGUUGAUAUGUCCAACUUGAUGGAUAUGAGAAAAUUGUACAAGGACGAAUUCUUGGAAAAGACUGGCAUCAAGUUAGGGUUCAUGGGUGCAUUUGCUAAGGCUUCUACUUUAGCGAUGAAAGACUUUCCAGCUGUUAAUGCAGCCAUUGAAAACAACGACACAUUAGUUUUCAGAGAUUACACUGACGUAUCAGUUGCAGUAGCCACUCCAAAGGGUUUGGUUACCCCUGUUGUUAGAAAUGCCGAAUCGUUGUCAAUUUUGGGCAUUGAGCAUGAAAUCGCAUCCUUGGGUAAGAAGGCAAGAGAUGGUAAGUUGACAUUAGAAGACAUGGCUGGUGGCACUUUCACUAUUUCUAACGGUGGAGUUUUUGGUUCUUUGUAUGGUACCCCUAUUAUUAACUUACCACAGACAGCAGUGUUGGGUUUGCAUGGUGUUAAAGAGAGACCAGUGACUGUAAAGGGACAAAUUGUUUCAAGACCAAUGAUGUAUUUGGCCUUGACAUACGACCACAGAGUCUUAGAUGGUCGUGAGGCGGUGAUCUUCUUGAGAACUGUCAAGGAAUUGAUUGAAGACCCAAGAAAGAUGUUAUUAAUGCAAUAA